GGGAGGCCAUUUUCGGGGCGGGGCCUGCGUGGGAGGGGAGGGGCGACGGGGGCCAUUCUCUUGACCGUUUCUGAGGCGAGACAAGCGGCAGCGCCGGAGCUUCCCCCUCCACCCGCUUCUUCGCCGCUCACCUUUUUCUUCCCGCGGCGGUCUCCGGGGCCGAGCCAGGCCAUGGGCCCACCAACUGCGCCUCACCCCUUUUUCCCUCCUUCCCUCAGGCCCGGCGCCGCCAGCCCCUCCGCCCUCGCUGGCGCCACUUCCGGCCCCUCCCCCGAAGCUGUUUCGUCUCCCUUUUCCGGUCGCCUCUGCCUCGAAACAUCCGAGUGGGAAAGCCUAGAGCGGCACAGUAGCCUGAGGGGAGAAAUAAUCUCUUCAGCGUUGCUUUAGUUCUCUCGCGCUCGGCUCCCCCUCUUCCGGUCCCGUUAGCCGCCGAAACAGGGGAAAGGCUUAAAGGGGCCUGCGCGAAAGCCCUAAUUUCCGGCAAGCAAAACAAAACCGAAAGCAGCCGUUGGUCGGGGUUGAGGUGCGGCGUCGCGUCGCUCUGCCCUGCGGCUUCUCUGUGGUGAUUCCCCAUCUCCCUGUAGGGAAGGAAGUGACCGCGAAGGUUUUUUAGACGGCGUCCGCUCGACUGACUCUCUAGCCGUCUUCCUCUCUUUCUCCCUGAGGAAGUGGAUACAGAGAAGGCGGGACGUGCGGGAGGCGUGCUGGUGUGGACGAGAAAUGACAAAUGCAGCUGAGGAAUCAAGUACAGAAGAUUUCCAGAUUUCGGACAUGGUGAAAAAGAAGAAAAAGAAGAGAAAGGGACUUGGGCAGCCUGCCGACGCUGGCUUUUGUUCACCUUUGUCCUCUGACCAUUCCUCCAUGUUUUCCUCGCACUUCGAUCAGGCCACCGAGGGUGGCGAGGCUCCUCAAAAGAAAUCCAAGAAGAAAGCCAGGCAGGAGAGAUCCGAUUACCAGUUAGAUCAUUCUGGCGUCACAACUGACAGUGAGCUGCCCAGCAAGGCUGGAACGGAAGUUUGCAAGCCCAAGAAGAAAAAGAAGAGGAAACUCGGUCCUGUCGAGCCACAGAAUGGCGACUGGCUCUGUGUCCCUCUGAGUCAAGGAAAAGCUAGCAGUCAACCCAAAGCAGAUGGUUUGGAAAAUGAGGAUUGGACUGAUGGAGGCACACCUGUCAAAAAGAAAAGAACCAAGGCCUUUGCAGCCCAGGGGGCUGAGGCUAGCAGAGUGUCUGAAGGACCCAUGAAAAAUAGGACUGACCCCGGAAGUUCAGGCAAGCACAAAGAGGAAAUGACAAAUACAGCUGAAGAAUCAAGUACAGAAGGUUUCCAGAUUUUGGACAUGGUAAAAAAGAAGAAAAAGGGACUUGGAAGAGAAACACAUGGGCAGCCCGCCAAGGCUGGCUUUUGUUCACCUUUGUCCUCUGACCAUUCCUCCAUUUUUUCCUCGCACUUCGAUCAGGCCUCCGAGGGUGGCGAGGCUCCUCAAAAGAAAUCCAAGAAGAAAGCCAGGCAGGAGAGAUCCGAUUACCAGUUAGAUCAUUCUGGCGUCACAACUGACAGUGAGCUGCCCGACAAGGCUGGAACGGAAGUUUGCAAGCCCAAGAAGAAAAAGAAGAGGAAACUCGGUCCUAUCGAGCCACAGAAUGGCGACUGGCUCUGUGUCCCUCUGAGUCAAGGAAAAGCUAGCAGCCAACCCAAAACAGAUCGUUUGGAGAAUGAGGAUUGGACUGAUGGAGGCACACCUGUCAAAAAGAAGAGAGCCAAGGCCUUUGCAGCCCAGGAGACUGAGGCUAGCCGAUUGUCUGAUGGGCCCAUGAAAAAUAGGACUGACCCCGGGAGUUCAGGCAAGCACAAAGAGGUCAGUGACCACAAUGUAGAGAACUCACAAGCGGAACUUUUCACCUCCACACCACUCACAACGCAGCAUUCAAGCCUCUCCCAGAAGAAAACAGCAACCAAGCUGGCCACUUCUACCAAACUGAGUAGCCUCACUACACCAGGGAAGCCACACAAGCCUAAAAAAUCUUCUGUCGUAGAAGACUCUGAAAGCACCGAUGUUACACCGAGGAAUCCACACAAGCAUAAAAGAUCUUCUGGCGUAGAAGACUCUGAUAGCACCGAUGUUUCAUCGAAGAAGCCGCAAAAGCAUAAAAGAUCUUCUGGUGUGAAGGACUCUAAUAGUACCAGCGUUACACCAAGGAAACCACACAAGCAUAAAAAAUCUUCUGGCGUAGAAGACUCUGAUAGCACCGAUGUUUCAUCGAAGAAGCCGCAAAAGCAUAAAAGAUCUUCUGGUGUGAAGGACUCUAAUAGUACCAGCGUUACACCAAGGAAACCACACAAGCAUAAAAAAUCUUCUGGCAUAGAAGACGCCGAUGUUUCAUCGAAGAAACCACAAAAGCAUAAAAGAUCUUCUGGUGUGAAGGACUCUAAUAGUACCAAUGUUACACGAAGGAAGCCGCAGAAGCAUAAAAAAUCUUCUGGCAUGGAAGAUUCUGAUAGUUCCGAUGUAGGUUGUGAAGCGGAAGAGACCGAUCACGAGCAGAUAAAAAACAAAUCACCGGCCAAACGUUUGGAAGACAGCAGUGAGUUACCAAAGACCUCCAAAGUUGUGAGAAGUCGUCUCCCAAGGUUGUCUUCCAAGGAGCUUCCUGCUUCUCAGUCAUGUUGCGUAGAGGAAAAUGAGUUUCGUCCCUGUUCUGAGCUUGUCUUUCCUGAUCUGGAUGCAGCCACCAAGGAGCUGGAGGAGUUCAUUCCGCACGUGCGGAGACUCUCUCCUGCGUCCAUCAAACAGCUGGUUGUACGAGACCUGGUCCGGUUUAAGAACUUCAAGCAAAGGGGUAUCGCAGUGAAGUUUGGCAAGUUUACCAAGAAAGAGAACGAUCAGCUGAUAAAAAACGUGAAGGACUUCUUGCAACUGAGCAGCAUAAAAAACGCAGAAAAGCUCCUGUUUGUCCACCGCUUUCCGGAAGAGAGAGCAGCCAUCACCAAACUGAAAAAUGAGCAUAUGUUUGGCAUCAGGAUUGCGGAAGGAAUUGCCCGUCCCUGGAGACUUGUGUAUUAUCGAGCGAAGAAAAUCUUCGAUCCCACUAAUGAUAACAGAAGGUAUUCUGAAAAAGAGAAGAGGAGGCUGUUGAAAUACCAGGCCAUGUAUGGCAACCACUGGAACAAGAUUUCCGGACUGAUGGCUCGAAGCAGCCACUCGGUUGCACUGAAGUACUCUCAGAUUAAGUCCGGCCCCAAUACUGGCCGUUGGAACAAAGAGGAAACCAAGAGACUCAUUCAGGCUGUCGAAGAGAUACUGCAGGAGAACUGCAAAGAGUUCAACUCGGCUGUGGAGGAGAAGGAUGAAGGCAAAGUUCUCUCUGUGGUGCGUGAGAAUCUCUACAAGGGCAUCUCGUGGUCAAAAGUUGAAGCCAAAGUGGGCACCAGGCACUGGAGGCAGUGCAAGCAGAAGUGGCUUUCAUUCUUAACCAAGAAGAUGUCCGGUGGGCGGAUGAUGGCAAGGCCCCCCGAGAGUUUGUGGUUCAAGAUCAACCUGAUCGAAAGGUUGUAUGAAAUGAACAUCGAGGAUGCAAAUGAAGUCGAUUGGGAAGCUCUCUCCGAUAUUAUAGGAGACGUCCCUCCAGAUUACAUCCAGAGGAGAUUUUACAGGCUCAAGGCUACUCAGGUCCCCCUUUGGAACCGAAAAACCUUUCCAGAAAUCAUCGAUCACCUUUACAAAGUGACGCUUCCAAAGCUGAAAUCGAUGAAAGCUGCCAAAGCGCAAUCCACUGAAGUCAAGGAGCAGAGGAAAGCGUUCCAGUUCCAAGACAUCUUUCAGGAGAGCAGCGACGAGCUGAUAGAGGAUUCUGAGGAUGAGGACGAAGACGAGCGUGAGCAGACGACAGAGAACCCCACGGGGGGCUCGGAGAUCUCCUAACCGGGAGAAGGAAGGGGCAACGCUGACGUCAAAAGAGAAAAUAGCAGAGCUUUAUUUUUAUGAUCUUUUAAUAUUGGAUUCUCGGAUGAAUAUUCAAAGCGGCUUCAGGAAAGCGGUAUAGAGGUGGGGGGCAGUGCCUCCCCCCCCCCCAGUCUGACAGCCGUCAUCAUCAUCAAUUUUAUUUAUAUCCCGCCCUCCCCACCGAGGCAGGCUCAGGGCGGCUAACAACACAGGUCAAUAUAUGCAUUGUACAAUGUUUAACAAUACUAAUGUAACAGUUUGAUUAAAAUUCUAUUAAAAUUCUAAAACAGUAAAA